AUGUUCAAAAUGUGCAUGAAAGAGAAGCUGUACAAUGUUCCGCUCAAUGACCCAAAACAAAUACUCGACAUCGGCACUGGUUCCGGGAUAUGGCCUAUUGAAAUGGCAUCCCUCUUUCCCAAUGCUGCCAUUACUGGAACAGACCUCUCCCCAGUCCAGCCGACAGAGGUCCCCGAGAACGUCCAUUUCCUGGUCGACGACGCCACGGAAGACGAAUGGCUCUGGGACGCCGACUAUUUUGACUUCGUCCAUAUUGGCAACAUGACCGGCGCCAUGCCUUCCUUUAAACGAUUACUACGACAGACCUUCAAACACCUCAAACCAGGUGCAUACAUUGAAUGCCACGAAUUAGAUCCCAAACCACAAUGCGACGAUGGUACUAUGCCUCCGGAAAAUCCAGACGGCCAAGGAAUGGAGCCUUCAAGGUAUUUCCGUAUCGCGCCAAAGAUAGAGCGGUGGAUGAAGGAGGUUGGCUUCGUGGAUGUCGAGCAGCAAAUCUUCAAGAUACCGACAAAUACCUGGCCUACAGAUGAGCAACAAAAGACCAUUGGGCAGUGGAGUGAGAGCAACUGGCUAGAAGCCUUAUCCGGUUGGUCAUAUAAGCCGUUCCUCGCUCUGGGCUGGUCGAAGGCCGAGAUCGAAGUCUUCCUUGUCGAUGUGCGGAAAGCUAUCCAGGACAAGAGUGUUCACGCAUACAUGGACUUCUACGUGGUGACCGGAAGGAAGCCUCGACCUGGGGAACAAGCCUCUUGA